AUGAUCAGAACCCUUCUCCGUACAACAAAGACUAGCUACAUUCAACUGAACCAACGCAGCACUAUUCGAUUUGCUUCAACCAAGCACGGCAAGGUAUUGACUACUGAAACCAUGCACCCUUUGGUCAAGAGCGUUGAAUAUGCUGUUCGUGGUGCUUUGCCUAUUCGCGCUGAAGCAUUAUCUCAGCAAUUGAAAAAGGAUCCCUCAAAGUUGAACUUUGACCGGGUGGUUUUCUGUAACAUUGGUAACCCUCAACAAUUGAACCAAAAACCCAUUACAUUCUUCAGACAGGUCGCAUCACUCUGUGAAAACCCAGAAUUAUUAAAGACAGAGAACAGAGCAUUAGUGUCUAAAUUGUACCCCGCUGAUGCCAUUUCUCGCGCUCAAGUCCUUUUGAAGAACAUUGGCAGUGUAGGUGCCUAUUCUCACUCGAAGGGUAUCACUCAUAUCCGCGAAAAUGUCGCCAAAUUCAUUGAACGUCGUGAUGGCUACGCUGCUAAUCCUGACGACAUUUUCUUGACCCAAGGUGCCUCUGAAGGUGUCCAAAAAGUCAUCCAGCUCUUGACCCAAAAUCAGCAAUCAGGUAUCAUGAUCCCCAUCCCUCAAUACCCUCUCUACUCUGCCACUCUUUCAUUGGUGGAUGCUGCUCCCGUGCCAUACUAUCUCAACGAGAGCCAAGCUUGGGGUUUGGGCCGUGAAGAGCUUCAAAGAUCUGUCGAUGAGGCUCGCAAGAAUGGUGUCGAGGUCAGAGCAUUAGUUAUUAUCAACCCUGGUAACCCCACUGGUCAAUGUCUUUCCGAGGAAAACAUCAAGGAAAUCAUCCAAUUCUGUCACGAAGAGCGUAUUGUCUUGUUGGCUGACGAAGUCUAUCAAACCAACAUUUAUCAACCCGAGCGUCGUCCCUUCCACAGUUUCAAGAAGGUCUUGAAAUCAAUGGGCCCUGAAUAUCAAGAGCAAGAACUCUUCUCCUUCCAUUCCACAUCCAAGGGUAUGAUUGGUGAAUGUGGUCGUCGUGGUGGCUAUUUCGAGUGUGUUAACAUUGAUCCUGCCAUCAUGGAGCAACUCUACAAGAUUUCUUCCAUCUCAUUGUGUCCCAAUGUGCACGGUCAAAUCAUGGUGGAUCUCAUGACCAACCCUCCUGUUGAAGGCGAUGAAUCUUAUCCUCAAUACAAGGCUGAAGUGGAUGCUAUCUUCCAAUCUCUUGGUCGCAGAGCAACCAAGCUUGCACAAUGCUUCAACAGUUUGGAAGGUGUCACCUGUAAUGAUGCUGAAGGUGCCAUGUACUUGUUCCCUCGAAUUACUUUGCCCAGCAAGGCCAUUGAAGCUGCCAAGAAGGAAGGUAUGACCCCUGAUAGCUUCUAUGCUAUGGGCAUGUUGGAGGCCACUGGUGUCUGUGUUAUCCCAGGCUCUGGUUUCGGUCAAGAGCCAGGAACCUUCCAUUUCCGUUCCACUUUCCUCCCCGAGGAGAACCUCUUUGACAAGUUCUGCGGUAGUCUUGAAGACUUCCACAAGUCUUUCAUGAACAAGUACAGAGACUAA